CAUUUUUGUUCCUAUGUAUGUCGGGCUGGUGGGAAAUCUCAUAAAUACCAUGAUAGCAACGGUUUGGAUCCCUUUGCAGGCUAAACCAAAGGCAGACCAUCGUGUGACGGAGCACAGCACAUCGCAGUCUGGCAGCAUGUUUAGCAUCAGAGAAAUCCUACGCCUGAUGAAGUUUCCGGGAGUAAUGGAAGUUUUCAUAGUCAAGGUCUUUGCUGGACUUCCCAUAGGUUUGUUCUUGAUUAUGUUUUCCAUCAUCUCUAUGGAUUUCUUUGGCUUGGAAACAGUGGAGUCUGGAUACCUGAUGUCCUAUUUUGGUGUCCUUCAAAUGGUUGUCCAGGGUCUGGUUGUUGGAAAACUCACCAACCACUGCACGGAGAGGACCCUGCUCAGGCUCAGUGUCUUCGUCUUCGCUGCUGUGGGCCUAGGCAUGGCCCUGAUGAGGACCGUGUGGCACUACUGCAUAGUUGCGGUGCCGCUGGUGUUUGCCUUCAGCAUGCUGGGCACCAUCACCGACAGCAUCCUCACCAAGGCCGUCCCCUCCUCCGACACCGGUACCAUGCUUGGGAUCUGUGCCUCGGUCCAGCCCUUGACCCGGACUGUGGGCCCCACCAUUGGCGGAGUUUUAUACAAACAAUUUGGAGUCUCCUCUUUCGGCUAUUUACAGCUAAUUGUCAAUAUGGGUUUGUUUGUUUACCUCUUAAAGAGUAAAAUCCCACUGAAAGAGACAAAAAGCCAGUAA